AUGUUGGAAGAUGACGCGUUACAGCGAGGCGAGAAAUUAGAAUCUGAUAAGAAAAAUGAUGUCAGCAUUAGACCCAAAACGAAACCUAUGCAGAAUAAUUCUUGUCCCUUUUGCAAUGAAUGGCACCCGCCUCACAGAUGCCGCCGAGUAAGUGACGUGGCUGCCAGACGCCGCAUUCUACUAAGGAAGGGCCUGUGUUUUAAUUCCCUUCAGUCAGGUCACCGUAGUGAUAGAUGCCCUAACCCCAAUUCAUGUAAAAGUUGUGGAAAUAAUCAUAAUACUUACAUUUGUGAUAAUAGCAGCUUCAGAAAAGCACAUUCUGUUCCCUCCACUUCGUCCCAAAAUAAUCCCAGUUUAGUAAGUAACAGUCAAGCUACAACCUCCCGCCCUGUAGUAAAUGAGACGCCCAGGCAGCAUGAUAGAAACCCCUGUCCGCCCAAAGAGAAAGUAGAAUCAAAACCGUGUAAGAGCGCCAAAGUAGCCCAAACGUCUAGUGUAGAUCUUCCCUGUACAAUUUUGCCAACUGUCAUGGCCGAGAUCCAUCACAAGCAGGGGAGUAAACGGGUUCGCUUGUUUUUGGACACUGGGAGUCAACGAAGCUUUAUCUCUGCUAAAACUGCAAAGCAGUUAGGCCUGCCAGUGGUAGGCAAAGUGGCGUUGAACAUUGCUCCCUUUGGUUCAGCAGAAAUCAGUGGCCAGUAUGACGUUGUGAGUUGCCGGGUAGAGAUGGGUAAUAGAAUUGUUCGAAUUAAACUAGUUGUUCACGAGAACGUAGACGUCCCGAUUCAUAACGCAGGUUAUGUAAGAGUAAGACAACACCUAGUAGGGAAGGGAGUCAAGUUAGCAGAUCCUGACAGUAAGAGCGAUAAGUUACGAAACGUGCACAUUCUUGUGGGUGCAGACUAUUUUAAUUAUUUCAUUAUUGGAGUAGAAAAGAUCGAUGGGAUAAGUGUUUUUCUGACCCAUAAUGGCAUGUCACCAUAUGGGAGAGUGCCACAGUGGCUAUUAGAAGGUCACAAGAUAGAUCAUGUGAGAACGCUCAGGGUAUGUAGGGUCGCGAGCGAACCAAUUACAUUUGAUGUUGAUGAAUGGUGGCGUUUGGAUACCGUAGGCAUCGCCCCAUCCAAGCAGUACACUGUCCGCGAAGCAGAAGCCAUGCGAAAGGUUUCGCAGAGUGUAACGAAGAAGCCUGAGGGAUAUCAGGUUAGUUUGCCGUUCCAUUCAGAAGGUAGGCCAGAAACAAACUUUAGAAAUGCUGUAGCACAGCUGGAUUUGCUGCAAACCAAAUUUCAGAAAGACAAGGAGUACUAUAAUCAAUAUCAGGGAGUGAUCGACAAAUACCUGGAGGCAGGAUUUAUAUAUUUAGUAAAAGAUCCAAAAAUAGAAGGAUACUACAUGCCGCAUUUCGGCAUUAAAAAAGAUAGCCGUACGACCCCCCUUAGAAUCGUAUUCAAUGCCUCAUUCAAAGCUAAGAAUAAUAAAUCCUUAAAUGAAUGCCUGUUACCUGGGCCUAACUUAGUAGAGUUGGCCUAUAAUUUGCUUCUAAAGUUUCGAAUGAAUAAAUACGCCAUGCUUGCAGACAUAAGCAAAGCAUUUCAUAGAGUACUAUUAGAUCCCCGUGAUGCCAAAUAUACAAGAUUCCUGUGGCGAGAGGUAGCAGGUCGAGCGCUGACCUUCGCUUUCAGUGUCGUGGUGUUCGGCAUCACGGCUAGUCCCUUUUUGUUACAACAAGUAUUGAGUCAUCAUAUUAGUUUAGAGGGAAAACCUGAAUUAAGCAAGUCAUUUUACGUUGAUAACUAUGUUAGUACCUUUGAAAGUCUGGAUGAGAUGAAAAAAGAACAAGAAUCUGUCCAUGCAAUUUUGGAUAGGGCCAGAAUGCCGUUAGAAGGGUGGGCAACGAACAGUAUAGCCUUUGAUAGCGAGAGAGAGUGGAAAGAGUCUGUGAAUGUGAGCGUGCUCGGGCUGAGAUGGGCUCAAGACGUCGACUGUCUGAGUGUGAAAGAGAGUGAGAGGAUUCGUGAAUUGGGGGAGGGAUGGGUACCUACGAAACGUAGGGUACUAUCUUUGCUAGUGUCAAUUUACGAUCUGCUAGGUCUAGUCAGUCCUUUAUUUGUUAGGGGAAAGCGGUUUCUCCAACAACUUUGGGAACAAGAGAUUGGAUGGGAUGACGUGUUAUGUAAGGAAAAGGCUAAAGAAGCGCGAGAACUGUUAGCAGAGUUGAAAUCAGUCAGUGAUUUAACAUUUCCUAGAGCAGCAGGAGUCAGAAGAUCCGAACUCCAUAUAUUCACCGAUGCCAGUAGUAGGGCAUACGGUGCUGUAGCGUAUGUCAGAGAUAAAGAAAGUAACGUAAGAUUACUCACCAGCAAAAUGAGAAUCACUCUGAAAGGGAUGCUCAAAAUCACCAUCCCUAAAUUAGAACUUUUAGCUUUGCUGCUAGGUUGUAGGCUAGCGAAAACAAUUAAAGGGCUAAUAGAGCCACAAGAGAUUAGUAUCUGGUCAGAUAGCAAAGUUGCAUUAGCCUGGGUGGCAUCCCCGGAUGCCAAAAACAACAAAAAUAUCUUUAUAUCUAACCGUGUGGCAGAAGUUGUUUUUCUCCGCCAGAUUUGUGAUUUCAGUGUGAAGUAUGUGCCCAGCAAACAGAAUCCUGUUGAUGUCUUGUCUAGGGGCGCAACAAUCCAGCAAUUGCAGCAGAACCCUCUUUGGCGCCAGGGUCCAGAGUUCUUGGGAAUCCCAGGAGAGCCUGUUCCUUUCAAAGAGGCAGAUCUAACGAAUAUCAGAACCGUGGUAGUGGCGGUGCAGGAACUGAGGGAAGAAACAAGGUCUAUUCCCCCAGGAGGGAUAUGA